GAACCGAAAUGGUUAAUUUUUUCUCUCCAUCUAAUAAAUUCACUCAGGCUAUUAUUCUGACUGUGUUUUACUCCCCUCGUACUCGACACAGAAGCCUGAAAAGAAACCUGAGGAACUUCUGCAAUGGGAUCUAAACGGAGGAGGGCCACCUCCCCGUCCAGCAGUGUAAGUGGUGGAGACUUUGAGGACAGCCAGCCAGCCUCUAUGCCUUCAACCAGUCGCAAAAGAAGGAGGAUCGCAAACAUUCCCACAGUUGAUCCUAUUGCAGUGUGCCAUGAAUUGUACAACACAAUCAGAGACUAUAAGGAUGACCAGGGCCGGAUGCUGUGUGAGCUCUUCAUUAGGGCACCAAAGAGAAGGAACCAGCCUGAUUACUAUGAUGUGGUAUCACAGCCUAUUGACAUGAUGAAGAUCCAGCAGAAGCUGAAGAUGGAGGAAUAUGAUGACGUAGAACAGCUCACAGUUGAUUUCCAGCUCCUUUUCAACAAUGCCAAGACCUAUUACAAGCCUGAAACUCCAGAAUACCGAGCUGCGUGUAAGUUGUGGGACCUCUACAUUCGUACCAAGAAUGAGUUUGUGCAGCGAGGAGACUAUGAAGAUGAUGACGACGAUGGUGACGACACACAGGAAAAUGCUGGAGGUUCAAUGGAGGAUGAAUCUGCAUCUGUUCUUAAGGAGGUGUUGGAGCAGCUGCUGGACACAGUGUUGACCUACACUGAACACGGACGACUUGUCAGCGAACUAUUCCAGAGACUUCCUUCUAAAAUACAAUACCCAGAUUAUUAUGAUAUUAUCAAAGAGCCGAUAGACCUCAAGGCCAUUGCUCAAAGGAUACAGAUUGGCUACUAUAAAAGUGUGAAUCAUAUGGCCAAGGACAUCGACCUCUUAGUCAAAAACGCAAAAACAUACAAUGAGCCUGGUUCACAGGUGUUUAAGGAUGCAAACACCAUCAAGAAAAUCUUUUCCCAGAGAAAGAUGGAGCUUGAACAUACGGAGCCCAUUAAAUCCAGCAUCCGAAUCAGAAACAGAAGGUCAGUUCAUGGAGACAGACUAUCCUCCAUCACCAUGGCUUUACAGUACGGUUCAGAGAGCGAUGAAGACGGCAUCCUCACAGGCUCAGUGCAUUAUGACGAAGGUGAAUCAGAGGCUGAGAGCAUCCACUCCAAUAUGGACAUGUCCAACCCCAUCUUCCAGAUGUACGAGGCUGUACGAGGGGGCAGGAACAGCCAAGGCCAGCUCAUAGCCGAGCCCUUCUUUCAGCUGCCCUCUAGGAAGGACUACCCUGACUACUACCAGCAGAUCAAUCAACCCAUCUCUCUACAGCAGAUUCGAGAUAAAAUGAAGAAUAAUGAAUAUGAGAGUGUGGAGCAGAUGGACUCUGAUCUGAACCUGAUGUUUGAGAAUGCAAAGCGCUACAACGUCCCCAACUCCCACAUCUACAAACGGGCUCUCAAAUUGCAGCACAUUCUCCAGCUGAAGAGGAAGGAGUUGUUGAGGAGAGAAGAAGAGGACGGAGACAGUAUGCUGUCCUCUACUCUGUCGGACAGUGGCAGCAUCAAACGCAAGAGUCAUAAAAAGAAUACCAAGAAGAAUCGUAUGAAGGCUCUGUACCUGGCUGUGACUGAGGCUCGAGAACUAGGCAGUGGACGGAGACUAUGUGACUUAUUCAUGGUUAAACCAUCUAAGAAAGACUAUCCAGACUACUAUAAGAUCAUACUGGAGCCUAUGGACCUGCGCACCAUAGACCACAAUGUCCGUGCAGACAGAUACCACAACGAAGACGCCAUGUUGGAGGACAUGAAGCUGAUGUUCCGAAAUGCAAGACACUACAAUGAAGAAGGCUCACAGGUGUAUAAUGAUGCUAACACUCUGGAGAAGAUUAUGAGGGACAAAAAGAGAGAACUUGGGCCUACACCAGACGAUGAUGACAUUGUCUCACCAAAACUCAAAAUAAGAAAGAGUGGCAUCUCCCCUAAGAAGUCCAAAUACCUGACACCACUGCAGCAGAAGCUGAACCAGCUCUAUGAGGCAGUGAAGAACUACACGGACAAGCGUGGCCGACGCCUCAGCACCAUCUUCCUCCGCCUCCCGUCCCGAGCCGAACUCCCCGACUACUAUGUGGCCAUCAAGAGGCCCAUAGACAUGGAACGGAUCAAAAGCCACAUGCUGGCCAACAAGUACCAGGACGUUGACGCCCUGGUGGAAGACCUGGUGAUGAUGUUUAACAAUGCUUGCACCUACAACGAGCCUGAGUCGCUCAUCUACAAAGACGCGCUGGUGCUCCACAAGGUCCUUCUGGAGACUAGGAGGGACUUGGAAGGGGGUGACGACGCCCAUGUGCCGGAUGUCCCUCGUCUCAUCCAGGACCUGAUUCGCAGUCUCUUUGUGUCUGUGUUGGGUCACCAAGAUGAUGAGGGCCGUUGCUAUAGUGACUCAUUGGCAGAGAUUUCAGCAGAGGACCCCGCUCAUCCAGACAGACCUCCGCUCAACUUUGAGAUCAUACGGGCCAACGUGGAUAAAGGGCGCUACAAACGCCUGGACGUCUUCCAGGACCAUAUGUUUGAAGUGCUGGAGAAAGCAAGGCGAAUGCAUAGGACGGACUCAGAGAUCUUUGAGGAUGCAGUGGAGCUACAGCAGUUCUUCAUUCGGAUCAGAGACGAGCUGUGUAAGAACGGCGAAAUCCUGCUCACCCCGGCCCUCAGCUACACCUCCAAACACCUGCACAGUGAUGUGGAGAAGGAGAAGAAAGAGAAGUUGCCCAAAGAGUUUGAGGAGGACAAGCUCAAGAGGGAGGAAGAGAAAAAAGAAGCAGAGAAGAGUGAGGAAUCUUCUGGGGGUUCCUGGCAGGGGGGCCUUCAGCGUACGUACAGUCAGGACUGCAGUUUCCAAGACAGAAUGUACCAUGUAGGAGACUAUGUCUACGUAGAGCCCGCUGAGCCAAACCUACAGCCCCACAUUGUCUGCAUAGAGCGCCUUUGGCAGGAUGACACAGGGGAGAAAUGGCUUUAUGGCUGCUGGUUCUACAGACCGAAUGAAACCUUCCAUCUUGCCACACGCAAAUUCUUGGAGAAAGAAGUCUUCAAAAGCGACUACUACAACAAAGUCCCUGUCAGCAAAAUUCUGGGCAAAUGCGUCGUCAUGUUUGUUAAGGAGUAUUUCAAGCUCAGCCCUGAGGGCUUUAGACCUGAAGAUGUUUUUGUCUGUGAGUCGCGUUACUCUGCUAAGACCAAGUCUUUCAAGAAGAUCAAGAUGUGGACUAUGCCUCUGAGUUCGGUGAAGUUUGUGCCUCGCGAUGUUCCGUUGCCUGUGGUCCGGGUGGCCUCUAUGUUUGCACCUAAGCCAGAGGCUGAGAAGCCUACCGAGCCAACAGAGGACAACAAAACUGUAGCCUCCGUUAUUGAUAAGGAGAAGGAGGACGUUCCUGUAGAGGUCAGCAACGGCGAGCCAGGCUGCCAGUAUUACGAGCAGUUCUGCUACAAUGACAUGUGGCUGAAAGUGGGUGACUGCGUCUAUAUCCGCUCUCACGGCCUUGUGCGCCACCGAGUGGGCAGGAUAGAGAAAAUGUGGGUGCGAGAUGGGGCUGCCUACUUUUUCGGGCCAAUCUUCAUCUACCCUGAAGAGACUGAACAUGAACCUACCAAGAUGUUCUACAAAAAGGAAGUGUUCCUCAGUAACCUGGAGGAGUCCUGCCCGAUGACCUGCAUUACAGGGAAGUGUGCAGUGUCCUCGUUUAAAGACUACCUGUCGUGCCGUCCAACCGAAGUGCCAGAAGAAGACGUGUUGCUUUGUGAGAGUCGCUACAUCGAAAGCGAGAAACAGAUGAAGAAGUUCAAAGGCCUGAAACGCUUUUCUUUAUCUGCCAAAGUAGUGGAGGAUGAAAUCUAUUAUUUUAGAAAGCUGAUAGUGCCUCAGAAGGAGCCGUCCCCCCUGCUGGACAAGAAGAUUGAAGAGCUGGAGGCCAAGUUUGCAGAUAUGACGGAUGAAGAGCUGGAGGAUCUGGGUGAUGAUGAUGGUGAAGGCUCAGAUGCCCAAGGCAUACCUCAGCUGCAGACACCACUAGCCAGUGACAUAGACAUGAUGCAGUAUCCACAAACACAGUCCACACCCAAGUCCAUUAAGGGCCUGUCGAAGAAGGAGGGAGCAAAGAGGAAGAUCAAUAUGAGUGGCUACAUCCUGUUCAGCAGUGAGAUGCGGGCUGUGAUCAAGGCCCAGCACCCAGAUUUCUCCUUCGGGGAGCUCAGCCGCCUUGUAGGCACAGAGUGGAGAAACCUGGAGUCCGCCAAGAAAGCUGAGUAUGAAGAGCGGGCAGCUAAAGUAGCCGAGCAGCAGGAACGCGAGAGGGCGGCUCAGCAGCAGAACUCCCCGAGAGCAGGUACCCCAGUAGGGGCGCUCAUGGGGGUGGUGCCCCCUCCGACCCCUAUGGGGAUGCUUAACCACAGCAUGACACCUAUGGCAGGCAUGAUUGGUAGCUACCGGCCGCCCAUGCUGCCACGGCCAGGUCCCGUUGAUGGGAUUGUUAGUAUGGCUGGCAUGCCGCCACAUCACAUGGGGGUGCCUGUCUUACCCCACCACCUCCUGCAGGGCAUGCCUGGGCUGCCAGGCAUGCUUUACCCGGGUAUGAAUGGAAUGGCUCCUGGGACUGCAGGAACCCCGUAUGGAGCUCAGGUGGGUGUGAUGGGUCCCAAUCAGCAGGCACCACCACCCUACCCCGGGCAGGGGCAGGUGGGGCAGCCUGCCCUCCAGCAGCCGUCCACUCCUAUAUUUGUGGCUCCACCACCCAAACCACAAAGACUCCUGCACUCAGAGACCUACCUGAGGUACAUAGAAGGACUGAAUUCAGAGUCUUCUACUGUCAGCAAAUGGGACCAGACACUCUCAGCUCGUAGGAAAGAUGUACGCCUUACAAAAGAACAGGAAAGCAGACUUCCCUCUCAUUGGCUGAAGAGCAAGGGGGCUCACACCACUAUGGUUGAUGCUCUGUGGAGACUGAGAGACCUGAUGCUGAAAGAUACUCUGAACAUUCGGCACACUUACAAUAUUCAAAACAUCUAAUGUAAAGAUAUCAAAAGUCAGUAAUGUUAGAGCUACAGGACCACACAGUUUAGCAUUUUCCCGGCUCCAACGCCCCGAUUUGAUUCACAAAGCUUUACAAUUUGCUGGAUUUGAAUUGGAGUUGAAUCAAAUGUUUUAAAUGAAGACAACACUAAACUGUGCCUCCAAGGACUGGUGUGUGACACCACUGAUCUAAACCAUUCCUCUUCAAUCUCUAAUACAUGUAUCACGUGUUGGGUUUUAAUGUGUGAUUUUGUAAAAUGUUAAGUGUAGUCUGUUGACUUUGUUAGUGUUCAUGGAAUUUCAUAGCACUUUGAAUGCGUUUGCAUUUUAGUUUGUAAUUAACUGUUGCUCUAAGAUAGAAAAAAAAAACAUUUUCAUAAAAUGUUGUAAAACUUCACCUGUCAAUGCCUUCAUUACCUGUCUAUCUUCAUUAGUCUUAAGAUUGUUUGAAAUUAGUUAGGUGAAUGAAAGCAAGUUAAAAAGUGUUCAGUGUAGCCUGUGGGCAAUUUUUCAUAUGAAGUGGCAAUUUUCAUAUCUUCUCAUUUUGGUUAACUGUAAAGCAUUUCAGAACAAAUAGCAUUUGCUGCUGGCUUAGUGUUUCAAUAAACUGCCAUUCACAGUA